UCAAACAAGCUGCUAACCAUGGCAAAGCUUCUUCUCAUCUCCAACGCCACCACCGCCUCUCUCACUCUCUCUCCUCCCUCACUCUUCUCGUCACGUGCUUCGUUCAAGCCUCCCCACGUGCCGCCGGUUCGGUUUCUUCUGGCCGGGAAACCACCCUCCAACAGCAAGAACAGCAGAGGCGUGACGGUGGUGACCAGGGCGGGCCCCACCACGCAGCAGUACCUGUUCGCUUUCUUUCUGCCGCUCUCCCUCAUCGCCUUCACCGUCUUCACCUCCGUCCGGAUCGCCGACAAGCUCGACCGAGACUACCUCGAGGAGGUUGCAAUUAACCAAGCUAUCAGGGAAACUGAUGAGGAUGAUGAAGUUGACAUGUCUCUGGAAGAAAAAUCUGCCGUCCCACGAACUCGUAAUCGUCCUAAAAGGGAAGUCUAGAUGUUCUUGUUAUAGUGUCAUCUUUAGAUCAGCCUCUGGUGUCAUUGUGAUUUUGUAAAUGGGAAUAGAGGAACCUUGUAGACUUGUAGCUCCCGGCCAGUUACCUAUAUUGACGAUUUUGUAGGGUUGAGUCCAGUUGCACCUUAUUUCCCAAGAGACAAAUAUUGUAAGUUGAAAGGUUGAAUACCCCCAACGGCAUGUAUUGUGUCUGUGUUUGUAUGUAAAAAAGAUAAGUAUGGAAUGAAGAUACAUUAAUCUUAUGAGUUGCAAGGG